GACACACGAACUCGGGCGACACACGAACUUGGACCGACUCGGGCGACACACGAACUCAAGCUGAGCCCAGGCAAACCACCGCAACUCUAGCCCGGCUCCAAUGGCGGCUAUACCACCGUUGGUAGCGGCGGCCACCUCCGCCUCAGCCUUCACCAAUCUCUCGAGGUCACAUCCUUUAGCUCGCUUAACUCAGUUUCAUCUCCGGCGAAUAAUCACGGCCUCUCUAUCCACUUCCACCAUCUACAUCUCUUUCGUGCCUUCCAAACCUAAUCCACCCUCAAAAUUGAGAAACGGCUGGGAGAGCGAAGCAGAUGAACUGUUCCACAUCCCAGGGAUCGUUCGCGACGGAAACAGGAACCGCGCUCUUCAGCCAACCAGUCCCGUGCGUCGUCUCCACGCGGUGGCAAGUGAGAAGACGAGCAGUACGAAAAAGAAGAGCCAGAGCACUUCUAAGUAUUCCAAAGCUGCUCGCCGGUUCUAUAACGAGAAUUUUGGAGACCCUCCGCAACGCCUUAGCAAAAUCCUUGCUGCCGCAGGAGUCGCAUCAAGACGGAGCUGUGAAGAACUGAUUUUUCAGGGGGGAGUUACUGUGAAUGGUUCCGUUUGCAAUAUUCCACAGACCAGGGUUGAUCCAGCAAAGGAUAUAAUUUAUGUUAAUGGGAGGCGUAUAUCUAAGAAAUUGCCUCCAAAGGUUUACUUUGCAUUGAACAAGCCAAAAGGGUACAUUUGUUCAUCUGGCGAGAAAGAGACCAGGCCGGUCAUAUCCCUUUUUGACGAUUUUAUGAAGAGCUGGAAUAAAAAGCAUCCAGGAGACCCUAAACCGCGGCUAUUUACAGUGGGACGCCUCGAUGUAUCAACAACUGGCUUGAUUAUUGUGACAAAUGAUGGAGAGUUUGCUCAAAAACUUUCACAUCCCUCAUCAAAUAUGUCAAAGGAAUACAUUGCAACAGUAGAAGGGGAGGUGAAUAAAGGACACAUGAAUGCUCUCUGUGAGGGAACAACCAUUGAAGGCGUCCAAUGUAUGCCAGAUCUUGUGGAAUUACUACCAAAGCAGCUUGGUAUCUCUAGGCAUCGCCUUCGGAUAGUGGUUCACGAAGGAAGAAACCAUGAAGUUAGGGAGAUUGUUAAGAAUGCAGGACUCGAGAUUCAUGCACUGAAGCGUGUGAGAAUAGGCGGUUUCAGACUUCCAUCAGAUCUUCCGCUUGGGAAGCACGUUGAACUCAAACCAGCUAAUCUGAGGACGUUAGGCUGGAAGAAAUAGGAAUGUUAGUUUCACAAGCGAAGGAAAGGUCCUUUAAAUUAGUGUGUAAAAAUUUAUGGGGUACAUUCGGGUUAUAAGACACCAAAGUCAUAGUCCGUAUUGAAAUGUCAGAAAUGUCCUUCGACACCAUUAUUACUAACCACCUCUCACUUCUUACUUCUUACACACUUAAUUUUAAGGGCCUUUGGGUGUUUAAAGAAAAUAUGUAUGAGGAC